CGUCCAUGGGAUGCGCCUAAAGAGAUGCGAGCUCGGGCGGAGCGCCACUGACACGCACGUGGGGGCAAAGCUGGCUGAGGAGCACCGGAGCACCGUGGAGCUCGACUGCCGCAAACUUUAGGCGACGACAGAAGGGCGUGGGGGACAUCAGAGGCAGCGAGCGAGUGACAGUAGAGCCAGCGAGCCCGCCCGGCACCGGCGCCCCCCAGCGCUCUCACCGGAGCCGAGGCUCACUGUGGGGAUGCGUCUGCCCUCCGUCUGCUGCCGUGCCAGCCCCGCUCGUCACUCUCGGCUCCGUGCCUUUGCAGAAUGGCUCGCUUCGCAGACGACCUCCCUCCCCGCUAUGGAGGUGGCGGGGCCGCAGGGCCCGGGCGAGGGGGUGCCCGCCAGGGGGGACCCCAAGGAGCGCAGAGGAUGUACAAACAGUCGAUCGCCCAAAGAGCCCGGACCAUGGCUCUCUACAACCCGAUCCCGGUCAAGCAGAACUGCUUCACAGUCAACAGAUCGCUCUUCAUCUUCAGCGAAGACAACAUCAUCCGAAAAUACGCCAAGAGAAUAACGGAGUGGCCUCCAUUUGAGUACAUGAUCCUGGCAACAAUCAUCGCCAACUGCAUCGUCCUGGCACUGGAGCAGCACCUGCCAGCAAGAGACAAGACCCCCAUGUCGGAGAGACUGGACGACACAGAGCCGUACUUCAUUGGGAUCUUCUGCUUCGAGGCGGGCAUCAAGAUCACGGCGCUGGGCUUCGUCUUCCACAAAGGCUCCUACCUGCGCAACGGCUGGAACGUCAUGGACUUCGUCGUCGUGCUGACCGGAAUUCUGGCCACAGUUGGGGCAGACUUUGACCUCCGAACCCUGAGAGCCGUGAGAGUGCUGCGGCCCCUGAAGUUGGUGUCUGGAAUUCCAAGUCUGCAGGUUGUCCUCAAAUCCAUCAUGAAAGCCAUGGUGCCCCUGCUGCAGAUUGGCCUUCUGCUCUUCUUUGCCAUCGUCAUGUUUGCCAUCAUUGGCCUCGAGUUCUACAUGGGGAAGUUCCACAAGACCUGCUUCAGAAUCGAAACAGGGGAGCGAGCCGUUGACUAUCCAUGUGGAGUUGAGUACCCGGCACGCACUUGUCCGAACGGGACAGAAUGCAGGGAGUUCUGGAGUGGACCCAACUUUGGCAUCACCAACUUUGACAACAUCCUCUUUGCGGUGCUCACAGUGUUCCAGUGCAUCACCAUGGAGGGCUGGACUGAAAUUCUGUACAACGCAAAUGAUGCUGCUGGAAACACUUGGAACUGGCUCUACUUCGUGCCCCUCAUCAUCAUCGGCUCCUUCUUCAUGCUCAAUUUGGUCCUGGGAGUUCUGUCCGGAGAGUUUGCCAAAGAGCGAGAACGCGUGGAGAAGAGGCGCGAGUUUCUGAAACUCCGUCGGCAGCAGCAGAUUGAGAGGGAGCUCAAUGGCUACCUGGAGUGGAUUUGCAAAGCAGAGGAGGUGAUGCUGGCAGAAGAGGACAAAAACGCUGAAGAGAAGUCCCCUUUGGAUGUUCUGAAAAGAGCAAAGACAAAGAAGAGCAAAAAUGACCUGAUCCACGCUGAGGAAGGAGAGGACCACUUCACUGACAUCUCGUCUGUGGGCUCCCCCUUUGCUCGUGCCAGUCUGAAGAGUGGGAAGAACGACAGCUCCUCAUACUUUCGGCGCAAGGAGAAGCGACUGCGCUUCUGCAUUCGGCGUAUGGUCAAGGCGCAAAGUUUCUACUGGAUUGUGCUCUGCCUGGUGGCGCUCAACACCCUCUGCGUGGCCAUCGUUCACUACGACCAGCCGCAGUGGCUCUCGGAUGCCCUCUAUUUCGCUGAGUUUGUCUUCCUGGGCCUCUUCCUUAGCGAGAUGGCACUGAAAAUGUACGGCCUCGGUCCUAGGAACUACUUCCACUCCUCGUUUAACUGCUUUGACUUUGGUGUCAUCGUGGGCAGCAUUUUCGAGGUCAUCUGGGCGGUGGUGAAGCCGGGAGCCUCUUUUGGAAUCAGCGUCCUCAGAGCACUGCGAUUGCUCAGGAUAUUUAAAGUGACCAAAUACUGGAAUUCUCUGAGGAACCUGGUUGUGUCACUGCUCAAUUCCAUGAAGUCCAUCAUCAGCCUCCUCUUCCUGCUCUUCCUCUUCAUCGUAGUCUUUGCCCUCCUGGGGAUGCAGCUCUUCGGAGGACAGUUCAACUUUGCAGAUGAAACGCCAACGACCAACUUUGACACGUUCCCAGCCGCCAUUCUGACUGUGUUCCAGAUCCUGACUGGCGAGGACUGGAAUGCAGUGAUGUAUCAUGGGAUUGAAUCCCAGGGUGGCGUCCAGCGAGGAAUGCUCUCGUCCAUCUACUUCAUUGUCCUGACUCUGUUUGGGAACUAUACUCUCCUCAACGUCUUCUUGGCCAUCGCUGUAGACAACCUGGCAAAUGCUCAGGAGCUGACAAAGGAUGAAGAAGAACUUGAAGAGGCGACCAGUCAAAAACUUGCCAUUCAAAAGGCCAAAGAGGUGGCUGAUGUGAGCCCUCUGUCGGCAGCGAACAUCUCCAUCGCGGCUUUUGUAAAGCAAACUCGAGGUGCUGUUUCUCGCAGUUCGUCAAUCUCCAGCGUUAAAUCACCAAAGGAGCAGCACAAGUCCAUGAAGAUGAUGUCUGUGUGGGAGCAGCGGACCUCCAAGAUCCGACAGCAGAACCUGCGUGCCAGCUGUGAGGCGCUAUACAGCGAGCUGGAGCCGGAGGAGCGUCUGCGCCUCUCCUCCAUGCUGCACAUCCGACCCGACAUGAAAACGCAUCUGGACCGCCCGCUGGUGGUGGAGCCCCGCGACGAAUCGCACAACAGCAUCGACGACGACGCUCAGCCAGCCGACCUUCCGCCUCCGCCAGACGGCCAGCAACCCGCCCCCCGCAAGCACCACCACCACCGAGACAAGAGCGGAGAUCCGCUGGCACCCGACAACGCCAAUGGCAAGCACCGGUCGCACCAUGGCAGGAGCAAAGAGCACGAGGGCAAAGGGGAGCGCAGCAGAAGUCGAGAAGGAGGCAAGAGGCACCAUCACCAGGGGGCACCGGAGGAAGGCGGCGAGAAGGAGCAUCGGCGCCACCGCUCUCACCGCCACGUCAAGGAGGGCAACGGCACCCUGAAUAAUGGGGCGGCCAAGAGCGAGAAGCGCACCAGGCAUAACCGUUCGGGUGAAAACGGAGAGCGGCCUGAGAAGAGGCACAAGCACCGCAGCAAGGCUCUGUCCACCUACGAGGACAACUGUGACAAGGACGGAGAGCGCCGGGCAAAAGAGAGGCAAGCCAAGCCAGAGAGCGUCACCCAGGAGGGCACGGCACUGCAGCAGUUAGGGGGUCUGGAGCCAGUGGACGAGAAGCCCGAGGACUCGGACAACCAGAGUAACAUGACGGGCAUGGCGGGCACCACCAACAGUAUCGCCAUUCCGGUCACCGUCACUGCUCCGCCAGGGGAGACCACUGUCAUUGCUAUUAACAGCGUCGACUUCUCGGCUCCGGCGCCCACGGAAGAGAAGAAGAACCUGGAAGACCUGAGCAGCAAGGGGCCGCGGCACAUCCUGCCCUACAGCUCCAUGUUUGUGUUCAGCCCCACCAACCCGGUUCGAAGGCUGUGCCACUAUGUCGUCAAUUUGCGCUACUUUGAGAUGUGCAUCCUGGUGGUCAUCGCGAUGAGCAGCAUCGCCCUGGCUGCAGAAGACCCUGUGCAGGCGGACACACCCAGGAACAACGUCCUUAAGUACCUGGACUACAUCUUCACUGGCGUGUUCACCUUUGAGAUGGUCAUUAAGAUGAUCGAUUUGGGUUUGCUGCUCCACCCGGGGUCGUAUUUCCGUGACCUGUGGAACAUUCUGGACUUCAUCGUGGUCAGCGGUGCUCUGGUCGCCUUUGCCUUUUCAGGAAGCAAAGGCAAAGACAUCAACACCAUCAAGUCUCUGCGAGUCCUCCGCGUCCUGCGGCCCCUCAAGACCAUCAAGAGGCUCCCCAAGCUGAAGGCGGUCUUCGACUGUGUGGUGAACUCGCUCAAGAACGUCCUGAACAUCCUGAUCGUCUACAUGCUCUUCAUGUUCAUCUUCGCUGUCAUCGCAGUCCAGCUCUUCAAGGGCCGCUUUUUCUUCUGCACGGACGAGUCCAAGGAGCUGGAGAAGGACUGCAGGGGUGAAUUUCUGGAUUAUGAGAAGGGGAACGUGGAGGCGAAGCCCCGCGAGUGGAGGAAGUACGAUUUCCAUUAUGACAACGUGCUGUGGGCCCUGCUGACCCUCUUCACCGUGUCCACUGGAGAGGGCUGGCCAACGGUCUUGAAGCACUCUGUGGACGCCACCUAUGAGGAUCAGGGUCCGAGUCCCGGCUAUCGCAUGGAGAUGUCCAUCUUCUAUGUGGUCUACUUUGUGGUCUUUCCCUUCUUCUUUGUCAAUAUCUUUGUGGCCCUGAUCAUCAUCACUUUUCAAGAGCAAGGAGACAAAGUGAUGUCGGAGUGCAGCUUGGAGAAGAACGAGCGAGCCUGCAUCGACUUCACCAUUGGCGCCAAGCCUCUGACUCGCUUCAUGCCUCAGAACAAGCAAGCCUUCCAGUACAAGAUGUGGAAGUUUGUGGUGUCGCCCCCGUUUGAGUACUUCAUCAUGACGAUGAUCGCACUCAACACCGUCGUGCUGAUGAUGAAGUUCCACGGAGCUCCAGAAAUCUACGAGUCCAUGCUGAAGCACCUGAACAUCGUCUUCACAGCUCUCUUCUCCCUGGAGUGUAUCCUGAAGAUCAUCGCGUUUGGUGUCCUGAACUACCUGAAGGAUGCCUGGAAUGUCUUUGACUUUGUUACGGUGCUGGGAAGCAUCACGGACAUCGUGGUCACCGAAAUCAUUGUGACGAAUAAACUAAUCAACCUGAGCUUCCUGAGACUCUUCCGGGCGGCUCGCCUCAUUAAACUUCUUCGGCAAGGCUACACAAUCCGUAUUCUGCUGUGGACGUUUGUCCAGUCUUUCAAGGCCUUGCCCUACGUCUGCCUGCUCAUUGCUAUGCUCUUCUUCAUAUACGCCAUCAUUGGAAUGCAGGUCUUUGGCAACAUUGAGCUGAACGACGAGACGGCCAUCAACAGGCACAACAACUUCCAGACAUUUUUCCAGGCUCUGAUGCUGCUGUUCAGGAGCGCCACAGGUGAAGCGUGGCAUGAGAUCAUGCUGGCAUGUCUGGCCAACCGCAUGUGUGACCGGAAUUCGGGCUCUCAUGGCAAAGAGUGUGGCAGCGAGUUUGCUUAUUUCUACUUCGUUUCCUUCAUCUUCCUCUGCUCUUUCCUGAUGCUGAAUCUCUUUGUCGCUGUCAUCAUGGACAACUUUGAGUACCUGACGCGAGACUCGUCGAUCCUGGGACCUCACCAUCUGGACGAGUUUAUUCGGGUGUGGGCGGACUACGACCCGGCAGCCUGCGGGCGCAUCACUUACCUCGAUAUGUAUGAGAUGCUGAGGCACAUGUCUCCACCUUUAGGCCUUGGGAAGAAAUGUCCAGCGAGGGUCGCCUACAAGCGCCUGGUAAAGAUGAACAUGCCCAUAGCGGAGGACAACUCUGUGCACUUCACGUCCACUCUGACGGCUCUCAUCCGCACCGCCCUGGAGAUCAAGCUGGCAUCAGGAGUAGCAAACCAGCAGCGUUCAGAUGCCGAACUCAGGAAGGAGAUCAGCAACGUUUGGCCAAACCUGUCUCAGAAGACGCUGGACCUGCUUGUGCCCCCUCACAGACCGAACGAGCUGACGGUGGGCAAGGUGUACGCUGCCCUGAUGAUCUUUGAUUACUACAAACAGAACCGGAGCAAGCGGGUUCAGCAGCAACAGCAGCAGCAGCAGCAGGCGCCCCCCGGUGGACUCUCGCAGAGCAAGGUCGGCGCCCUCUUCAAGCCAAUGCUGCCCUUGGCUCUGAUGCAAGUCCAGGACCCCACCCUGAAGCCUGGUGGAGCCGUCCCCCUCAACAAUGGUGGUGCGAUUCCCAGCCCACAGUCUCCUCCAGGUGCCCCGGACAGCACGCAGGGGGCAGCACGUCGCAGCGCCAAGAAGCCAGUAGAGCGUGGGCGCUCAGAAGAAGUGGCAGGUGGCACCAGUGCCCAGGAGUCCGUGGAGAUGAAGAAGAUGGAGCCGGGUUCUAGUGGGCACCAGCAGCCAGUACUGGAGAACCAGGGCCGCGCCGCUUCGAUGCCCCGCCUUAACACGGAGAGCCAGCCCAUCCCGGACUCCAGCCCCAUGAAGAGGUCCGUGUCCACCCUGAGUCCGCAGCGGCCGCAGGAGGUCAGCCUGAAGGACUACUCCCUGCAGCGGGCGGCACCUGACCGCGCCCACCAUCACCAUCAUCACCACCGAUGCCACCGCCGGAAGGACCGAGAGAGGAAGCAGCAGUCGAUGGAGAAGUCGCCAACCCGCCAGGCCAGCACGGACGCAGGUACGCCAGGUGAGCCCAGUUCUUCAGCAGUCCCGGGUGGACAGAUGGCACGAGACAGGGGGCGCGAGAGGGGGCGCUCACACGAGAGGAAGCACCACUCGUGUUCGUCGGAGAAGCAGCGCUACUACUCAUGUGACCGCUACAGCAGCCGGGACCACCCCAGGCCAAAGUCCAACAACCCCAGCCGGUCAGCGUCUCCGAGUGACGGACACGAGGGACACCUGAACAGACAGGGCAGUGGUUCGGUUAGCGGGAGUCCUGUGAUGCUGACCUCCGGUGCCAGUACGCCCGGGCGAGGGCGCCGCCAGUUGCCGCAGACGCCCACGACCCCUCGGCCAAACGUGACCUACAGGACGGCCAACUCGUCGCCCGUCCACUUCGGCUCGUCCGGCGGCUUCUCUCCGGGCCGGCUGAGCCGAGGCCUGUCGGAGCACAACGCUCUGCUCCGCGGCGGGACGGACCCUCAGAACCACGCCAGCGUCCUGGUCAACCGCAUCAGCUCGGACCCCUACCUCGGGCAGCGGGACGACUACGACAGCCUCACCGAGGACACUCUGACCUUCGAGGACGCCGUGGCCUCCAACGCGGGCCGCCACUCCCGGACGUCCUACCUGGGCCAAGGGGUCCCCAACGGCUACCACUACAGCCUGGGGGUGAACGCCGGGCCCGGUCCCGGCGGCAGGGGGCGCCACUACCGCGCCGACGCAGACGAGGAGGACUGGUGCUAGCAGAUGGCUCUCCCGCGUCAGGAGACAUUGAUGAGUUUUAUCAUCGGGGGAGGGGGGGGUGGGUGGCGGGCAGUGCCCCCCCCCCCCUCCUUCCGCUCCCCUAGCGGGCAGAGACAGCGUCCAAAUACCAAGUGCCUAAACUACUGGGGUGUCAGCAGGGCGGCGAGGCGCGGGCUCUGGGGGUCUCGCCCGCUGACUUCCCUCGCUGUGGGCUCCAGCGACAAACCCGUGACCAAAUGUUUUGUAGAAAGCCCCCCCUGGCUGGGGGGGGGGGGCGUACCGAGUGCAUGCGGGGGCGGGCAGGUGGGCGGCCGCCGCGCCCUUCAGUGUUUGCAUGUCCAGGAACUCGGCGCUGUGCAUGGGAGACAGCCGACCGACGACUGUUGCGCAUCCUCUUCGUAUUUUUUGAUAUUCAUCACUUGUUCAUUUUUAAGGAUCUUUGAUAAAAAAGGAAAUGGAGUUUUGUCGGAAGCUUUCUACUUCAAACACACCGUGCUGGGCGUGUAGCCGGCGGGUCCAACAGGCAGGGCGCCCGCACUGGCCGCGCUCUCGCCUUGCCGUCUGAUCCCGUUACUCCGGUACUCCGUCACUCGGCUCUUCACUUGUUUCUAAAACUCCAUUUUUGUACCUGAACGACAAAUGAAAUAAAAGCGAACUUCAAACGUGA